AUGGAACCCUUUAACUGGGAAAAUUUCAGUUUAGAAGAUCUCUUCGAUGGAGAUUUCGGUAAUUACACUUACAGCUCUGACCUGCCCUCUGUUGCAGAGGAUUAUGCCCCAUGCCACCCAGAAUCCCUGGAAAUCAACAAAUACAUUGUGGUCGUCAUCUACGCUGUGGUGUUCCUGCUGAGUGUGCUGGGAAACUCCCUGGUGAUGCUGGUCGUCUUAUACAGCAGGGCCAGCUGCUCUGUCACUGAUGUCUACCUGCUGAACCUGGCCAUUGCCGACCUGCUCUUUGCCCUGACCAUGCCCAUCUGGGCUGCCUCCAAGGCAAACGGCUGGAUUUUUGGCACAGCCCUGUGCAAGGUGGUCUCGCUCCUGAAGGAAGUCAACUUCUACAGCGGUAUCCUGCUGCUGGCCUGCAUCAGCGUGGACCGCUACCUGGCCAUUGUCCAUGCCACACGCACACUGAUUCAGAAGCGCCACUUGGUCAAGUUUGUAUGUCUGGCCAUGUGGGCACUGUCCAUGCUCCUGUCCAUGCCCAUCUUUGUUUUCCGUAGGGCCAUCUACCCACCCUAUUCCAGCCCAGUGUGCUAUGAGGACAUGGGAAACAACACAGCAAAAUGGCGGAUGGUGCUGCGGAUCCUGCCCCAGACCUUCGGCUUCAUCCUGCCGCUGCUGGUCAUGCUGUUCUGCUACGGAUUCACCCUGCGCACUCUGUUUAAGCAAAAGCUGGGCAAGAUUGUGGACAUCUGA